AUUUCCAUGGGGAUGUCAUUAGUUGUGUAUUUGUCAUUAGGUGUGAAUGUUAUCGGCUUUGUUGACGUGACUUCAUUCCCUUGACUGUCUCAUUUUCAUACAACAAUUAGAGAUCGUUAUCAGCUACAGGAGAGCCAGAGCUAAUCUGUCAUUAGAAAUGUAACAAAGGCCAGGAUAUUGUGUACUUUAAACCGGUUGAUCAACUAUAUCUUCGUUUUUUUUGCUACAAGAUGGCGUCAUAGCAAGUAUGCAAUCUGUGACGGGUCAGUGAAAGAUCCAUUUUGCUGGGAGCGCCACGCGGGACCUCUGCUCUUUGGUGGAUUACCCGCGGACCUAAGUGCUUUUUACCCACGGCUAUACUGAUCCAACGUGAGAGAGCGUACUGUCGUAAUGAGCCUGUCAGCUACCGGGGAACAGUACGUAUACGUGGUGCGUCCGUCUUCUGCUUAAAAACGCGAGUUUCCUUCGUCCUUUUCGCCGAAGAGAAGAUAAGCCGUUAUCGACAGACCGUGGACAGCCCGGUAUAUUACAGAACGGCCAAUCUUGGCAUCUAGAAACGAUAGGAAACCGCCUUCAUCGACCGGACCAUGAAAUUAUAUUUCCUCUCAGAACACUUCGGUUCAACGGAGGAAACACAAUAGUAUCGCCCGGCGGACGUGAGUGCUGCAGCAGUGGUGGUAUAGGGCAGUCAUCGGUACACGUCUCAGCGGAGUUUCCUCAUCUGCCAGACGCACGAUUGUCAAGGUGACUUCUCCAAUCCGCGGAGGCUUGGGGGAUGAUGCGGAAGGACGCGUCGUGUACGUGGAAGAGGGUUUGACAUCGAUGAUCGCGUAAUGAGGGCCAUUUGCAUGGGGCACAGUUGCGCAUGAGUCACCGCCGUAAUGAAAUAUAGAUGUUGCGGCGAUAGGACCGGAGCGAUUUGUGAAGAGAGGGAUCCUUAUCGUCAUCAACAGGUAGUGUCGGAUACAUGAUCACAUCCGCACACCGACAGACGUUUCCUGAUUGAAUCCUGUUAUCAGGACACCGCUACAAAACAUGGGCUGUGGCAUAUCCGUGAAUGCUAGGAUGACCAAGUCUGAAAAGGCGAUAAAAGCGGCGAUCCUCAUCCAGAGGUGGUACCGCCGGUACCUGGCCCGGCUGGAGGCACGGCGCAUGUGCACCUGGAAAAUCUUUCAGAGCAUAGAGUACCACAACGAGCAGGACCAAUUGAAGCUACAUAAUUUCUUCAUUGAUAUGAUGGACCAUAUAGGCGACCCUGCCGAGGAAAAGCCACCGUUCCCAGCCUUGCUCCAGAAGGACCUAACAACAGGUGUCAAGCGAACUGAGGAGGAGGAAUCCGAGGCAGACCUGGCGGCAGAGUACGAGGACAUCACAGUUCCCCCGGGAUAUACCGGACUGAGACUCCACUUUCCACUAACGGUGACGCAGGUCACACAGAUGGUGGAGUACUUCCGAGAAAAGAAGGCUCUACAUGCCCGGUAUGCGAUUCAACUUCUGCAUGAAGCACGCAAGCGCCUGAGGCUGAUGGGUAAUAUAAACAAAGCAACCACCGGAGUAUUACACGAAAUAACCAUAUGUGGCGAUCUACAUGGCAGUCUUGACGAUCUCUUCGUCGUGUUUUAUAAGAACGGCCUCCCUUCCCCGGAAACGCCGUACGUCUUUAACGGUGACUUCGUGGACCGCGGGCCGCACUCCGUGGAAACCGCCCUGCUGCUCUUCGCUUUCCUCUUAGUCUACCCGUACCAGGUUUUUCUGAACAGAGGGAAUCAUGAGGACUACAACAUGAACCUCAGAUACGGAUUUAUUAAGGAGAUUAUAAUAAAAUAUAAGAAAAAUGCGUCAGUCCUGGUGAAACUAUUCCGAGACGUCUUCAGCUGGCUCCCGCUCGCCACCAUCAUAGAUAAAAAGAUCUUUAUAGCUCACGGCGGGAUCUCAGACACGACAGACCUCGAAUGCAUCGCUUCCCUAGAAAGGCAUAAGUUCAUAACGGCCUUAAUGCCUCCAAGUUCUGACGAGGACCGGUAUGUAGGUAUCCUGACUGGCAGGGAGAGACUAGACCGGGAAUGGAGACAGAUCCUUGACCUCCUGUGGAGUGACCCCCGAGGGAAGCUUGGCUGUGGUCCUAACACGUUCCGGGGGGGAGGGUGUUACUUCGGUCCUGACGUCACCGGGAAGUUCCUCAAGGAGAACGACAUGCAGCUCAUCAUCAGGUCUCACGAGUGCAAGUACGAGGGAUACGAGUUCACCCACAAUGGACAGGUCCUGACGAUAUUCUCUGCGUCUAACUACUACGAGGAGGGGAGUAACCGAGGUGCGUACGUGAAGAUCGGGUCGGACCUGCAGCCCCGUCUGGUACAGUAUAUGUGCACGUCCUUCCACACAGAGAGGGAGAUGGCACUGUCACAAAGGUCGGAAAGAUUAAGCAUCAUUGAAAACGCAGCUAUCGUGUACCUGAAGGAAGAAUGCUAUGCAAACAAAACUGCCCUCAUGGAUGCCUUCCGUCAAAUGGACCCUUCAGAUAAAGGUGUGAUAACGUUACGUCACUGGAUCGACACCAUGACGUCAGUUCUGAACCUUGACCUUCCGUGGAGGGCCCUGAAACAUCAGCUGGUGACGACACCAGAUCGGGACUUGGUUCACUACAAGAGCCUGUUUGAAAAUUUCAAUGUGUCACACAAAUUUAAAGAGACAAGUUUUUCCGAGGCCAUGUACAGAUGUCGUCAUGAACUGGAGACGAUUUUCAGAGCCAUGGACAAGGAUAACUCAGGGUUUAUCUCCAUGGACGAAUUUCAAGAGUCCUGCCACAUCCUGUCUCAACACAUCAACACGCCGCUGCCUGAUGACGUCAUCAGGGACAUGGCCUAUAGCAUGGACUUUAACCACGACGGUUGCAUCGACUUUAACGAAUUCCUAGAGGCCUUCCGAUUGGUGGAUGGAGAUUUCAAACGACCAUGUUCAGAUGACACGUACGGUGAUAAGGCCUAGCCUCUACCAGGCUUCAGAAGCAGAUGGAAAGGUUAGAAAAUGGCCUAAUAGACAGUUUGAGUACAGUUAGCGGACCAAUUCCCCUGGUAUGUUCUCUGUCUAUUUGGCCAUAUUCUAAUCUUUCCAUCCUCUUCUGACGCCUUGUGGAAGCUACGUAAGGCCUAGAAAAAAUACAUCGUGCUUCCGGUUAACCGCUGGGAAGGCCAAAAAGUUUUUUUUGGUAUGAAACGUCAUUUUAAGAAGCAAAUUUCUAUUUACCAAAUCGGGUGAGAUAUUUGUCCCUUCCCCACAAGCAAACGGGGUCGAUGGGUCCUGGAAAUGAUGCAUUUCAAUUCUAAGUUGCUGAACUGUAUUUGUUGGAUCAGCUGCAGUUCAUCCAAAUCAUCCAAAAUCCAAA